AUGGUCCCAGAUGGUGGAACGGGUCGUCUGCCGCCACCGCCAGCACCAAUUGCCGAUUCUGUAAUCAAGCAACACGCCAAUCCCAUGGUAUCUGAACUGGGCCAUGUCAGUCAUGGCAUAGAGAUGGCGCCGUUGGAGCGUGUGGGAGGAACGUCUGCCGCUCGAGGCGAGCCUUCUCCCGCACUCAACGGCCCAGUGGCUCGAGCGUACGGCGAAGUGUCGUCCGCAAGAGACACGAUCGACAGUGAGAGGGAAGACUCUUACUCAACCCCACCCACUGUACGACCCCGGCGAUCACCACCUGGCUCAGCACCGUCAGAGGAGGCAGCAGCGUUGCUGCUCAACUUCUCCGCUGUCCAUGAGCCUCUGCCACCUCCGGCCUUGAAGGAAGAAGCGCUCUACCCCCACACCCCUCCCCACGAUUCCCCUGCCACGCUCCCCCGUGAACCCCCACCACCACCAUCCCUUGUUCCAUCCUCCCCUAUCGGCCUCCCAACGCCCGCUGCACCCAGUCCAGAAACCUCGACGAGCACAAAUGCUACCAAACCGAAGAGGAAACGGAAGACGAGCAGCAACAAUGCCGUAGCCGGUCCUUCUCGGCACUCGUCAACUGAGCCUGGCGCGACCCCAGCCCAUCACAUGGGUGAGGACAACGCGCGCAUUCGUUGCAUCUGCGGUAUCGAGGACGACGACGGCUUCACUGUCCAGUGCGAAGGGUGUUACGCCUGGCAGCACGCCAAGUGUUUUGGAUAUCCCAACGGCAACAACCUUCCCGAGGUGUACUACUGCGAGAAGUGUGAUCCCCGUCCUUUCGACGCCGGUGCUGCAAGAGAGCUGCAGCUCCGCACACGAGGACGGAUCGUUCCCCAAGGCGAACCUGCUGAGCCCAACAAGAAACGGCCAAAGGCGAAGCGACCGCGCGUCGAAAGCGGUAGCAGUAAGCCGGAGGCUGCUGGCGAAGCGACAGACGACUCUCGAGAUCCGAUGGCGCCACCAGCAAAGCCAAGGCGCAAGCCCAACCCUACCAAGCCACGCUCCAAGGACUCUGCACAGCCGGGGAGAGAUGGCGACGAGGACGACUACUUUCGCGUUCAGCCUUGGGAGCUAGAGUACACACCUCUCAAGGAGAACCUUGUCCGAGGCAUCCGGGCCAGUCGCGCUAUUGCCAAGCUGCGGCAAGAAUGGGUGGAUGGGGACGAGGAGCCACGCCUGAGCAAGCCUUCAUAUCACGAGUCUGGGUUACCGUCCCCAACGGAGACGGGUGACAUGAGGCAGUCGCCAGACAUUGGGGUGGACGGCGCCGACUUCAACGUCCUUGCGCCUCCAUUGCCUCCUGUGUACCUCAUUGGCGCGGACCUCGAGAGCCUUGCGGCGCCGACAUACCUGCGACCAGUGGACGACCCUGGAAGUGCGAGCUGCUACUUACCUCUCAAGUACAUCGAACCCAGUCAGAACAUCUACGCUCGCCCUACGAUUUACGGUGUCUUCGUCACAGACGGGCUCUCAGCCGGCUCCUUCCUUGGAGAGUACCGCUGCGAGGUCCUCGACGCAGCAACCUAUCGCAAGGACCCCAUCAACCAGUACUCUGCGCUUGGGAUCCCCAAGCCCUACGUCCAUUCCGUCGGUCCUCCAGUCAAUCUCAUGCUUGAUGCGCGGUCAUACGGCAACGAGAUGCGCUUUGUUCGGAGCGGCUGCCACCCCAACGCCGUCAUCCGUCCCGUCUUCUUCAAGACUUCCGACACAUCAACGCAGAAGCUGCAUUUCGGUAUCUUCGCCGCGCGCGAGCUCUCCAAGAACGAGGAGAUCGUCCUGGGCUGGGAGUGGGAUGACCAGCAUGUCGUCCACACUCUCCGUGCUGUCAUCGACUCGACGCUCACCAAGUCGGCCAACAAACCUCCAGUCAACAUCGACUCGGAGACAGUCACGCUUCUGACGACCAAGUUCGACGCCAUCCUGACCAAUAUCUUCAGCACAUUCCAGUCGUGCGCUUGCACCGUUAACACCGACUGUGCUUUCGCGCAGAUGCGCAGACAGGUGAUGGGGCAGACUUUUCAUGGUGUGAGCGGGGCGCGUGCUCGUAAGCGCAUUGAUCUCGGUGAGCUUGUUGGGGCUGUGCGUGGCUGGCGUAAGCGCGAGAUUGAGGAAAUGGACGCAUACGCCAAAGCCAAGCGGUUCCGGAACGCAGGCGAGUGGGAACUCUGGCGCGCCGGCCCGACCAAGACCAUCGAUGGCGACGACGACGCAGACGCCAAGGAACGGUCUCGGCCGUCUUCCGAACGCGCGCCAUCCAACGCUCCAGAAGACGAGGCUCCUGCAGACGAGGAGCAGGCGGGCGAUGAUGACGUGGAGCUCAUGGACGUGGAGCCUGAUCCGUUGGCGGAGGACUCUACUGCGACGACGAUCUGUGAGACGGCCAAGCAGACAGGAUCGCCUGUCAUACCGGCUGAAGCAGACGCUCUGCCAGCGCUCACCGACGGCGCCAUGGACGUUGACGAGGUUGCCAAGACAGAGCUCCACGAGGAAGACGUCAAGCCAGCAACCGCUCCCGAGCCCAUGGGACCUGCUAUCCCAGCUGGAACUGUGACUGCAACGGAGGUGCUCUCGAAAGAGACCAAGGAAGACGUCGACAUGGGGGAGGCACCACGGACGCCGGACGAACCGCAGCCGUCCACUUUCGCUCCCCCAUCGUCCGCUCUCUCGUCCAUCCCUCCCGAUAGGCACGCUAGGCAAGAGCGACAUGAGGAGGGCGAGGAGGAGAUUGAUGAUGGGUAUGUUUCGAACGCUACGACCGCGACGAUGGCCUUGGAGUCUGAUGGCGAGACAUCGUCUCCUACCAAGCCUGCGCCGUCUAACCGCCGUCGAGUUCUGUCGCCUGUUACUGUUCAACGCAAAAACAAGUCCAAGAAGGCUUCGGGCUCGUCUGAGCGGCGCGCUUCCAAAGCCAUCCCGCGCCGCAAAAUCAUCCGAUCUAGUGACGAGGAGGGGUCCGAUGAUGAUCGUGCGACACCAAAACCAGCAACGAAGGUGCACCGGUCGCCGCAGAAGCCCAAGUCUUCCAAGUCUGCCAAGCGACCGAAGGUCUCGAAGGCUACAGGGAGCGAGCCGGAUGACGAGGACGACACGCCUGCACGGAAGCCGUCUCGCAAGCCAGUGGGUGAUCGUGGACGCCGCAACAAGGUGGUAAAGGACAGCGAGGACGAAGAUCACAGCCCGAAGUCGGUGACGGUGAAGACGGAGUCGACUGAGCCUUCGCACAAGGCCUCACCGCCGCCCUCCGUACCCGCCAUAGUCAAGGAACCUUCGGUUACAUCGAAGCCGCCAAGAGAAGCCAAGCAGGUCUCCCCGGAGCCACUCAAGCAGUCGUCGCCGAUCGCGAAGGAGCCAACACCGGAGCCAAAGGAGUCGACGCCCGAGCCAGAGGAGCCCGCGCCCAAAGAGUCAACCCCUGCGCCCUCUGAGACGCCUACAGCUCCGAAGGAAGCGUCUUCUCCGCCCAAGGAGCCCAAGGAGGAUACCCCUACAGCGCCUCCUAAGAAGGUCUCACUCAAAGACUACCUGGCGAGCCACAAGAUUCGCAAGAAGGAGAAGUCGCCGGAGCCUAAAGAUGACGAGGAGACUGCUGUGAAGGAAGAGCCGACGGAGGAGAAGGCUGCGGACACGGUGUUGCCAACCGGUGCUGCCGCACUGCCAACGCAACCUGCACGCCUCAACUUCCUUGAGCACCUGCCUUCUGCGCGGAGCACCAACUCGACGCCGGUAGGCACGCCGUUUACUCCCGGAGGUCCCAGUGCCGCGGGAGAUGUUGGCCGCACGUCGGCGUUCGUCCCACGUUCCGAAGCUUCGCGCCCGGACUACUUCAACGUCCAGCCUGCGGCAGGUGUGCACCUCGCCAACACACCCGCCUUCGUUCCUCGGCCGAGCCCCAACUUCGUUCCACGGGGGUCAGUGGACGAGUCAUCACGCGAACCCUUGCCACCACCUCUGGCGUUCCAACCGCGUCAGCCAGACAAUGAGUUCCCGCAGAUGAGCCCGGUGCGGCAACCGCUUCCGCUUCAGACACCGCCGGGCAAGUUCCAAGGUUUGCCCGACAUCCCACCUGCACUGCCAGUGCGUGACGGGCCGCCCCACCACGGGCCUCGUGCGCCUCCAACCGGCCCUCGUCACGCGCCUACAGGACCGCGUGGGGCGUGGGGCGGUAGCUCUACGCAUGGCCCUGGAACAGGUGCCAACGCCGGAGGGGCACCAGUCUCCCCUGUUAACAGCAUGCGUGGAGGUUUCGGUGGCCCUCGACCAUAUCCUCCUCGAGGCGGCGGUUUCGACCGUGGGUACGGUUUCCGGGGCCGCGGCCAUCCUCGCGGCCGGGGAGGGCGCAUGUGA